AUGGAGGGCAACAAGAAAAGGUUGGACAUGGCAAAUCCGAUAUGCGUUGGGAUAUGUCCCGGCACGUACAAUACGAGCAGCCGGUGUUGGCUGCCACUAAAUCGAACCUAUGCGUGGGUGCAGGACUAUCCAACCCAGCCGUUCAUUGGCCUGGUUUGUAGGCCUUCCAUGGUGUACACCAAAGCUGUGUACGACCAGGCUUCGGGUCUUCACAUGUUAUUUGAAGGCAUUUUGAGCCUGGGUUUCGUGGCCCUCGCCGACGUGUCUGUCCAGAAUUUCGAAGCUCAGUGCUUUUCUGCUGGCGAAGCUGGCUCCGUAGAUCGGUCGAGUACGACCAUUCGACUUCUUGUUCAAGACUGGACUUCUCAUGAGCUUGUGUCCACCGUGGCGGCCUUCAUUCUGAAGGAAUGGUUAGGAUACCACGUGGAGCUCGUACAUCUUACCGAGUCUUUCUCCCACGAUGUCAAUGUUCAUCAAGCUGCGCUAGAAUCCCUGCGCAAAGGCGCGUGGGAUGUCGACGUGGAAAAUUGGGCCCUUGUGCAAACGCAAGAGCUCCGGGAUGGACUGAGCAAGUACUCCGAGCCUUUGGCACCCAUAGGAUACAGCGGGCGCUCAGGCCUCUACAUCUCGAGAAGCACCAUCGAGAAGCACAAGUUUGCAGACUGGUGGAAGUUCUACGUGCGACCUGGAUAUGCUCGAUCUCUCGGCUUCUCCGGGCCCGACCAAGAAGAGCUUCGAAGCGUCCUGGGUGCUGACUUCCCCUCUUGCGAUCCGGAGCAGUUCCCUUGGUGCAGCCGUGAAUUAGAGGGCUACUGGGUUUCCCCCGAAUGCACGCAGAACAUCUCAUCAUGCAUACAAGUGAUCAUGGGGCCGCCGCACUGGGAUCAGGGCUACUUCGAGCAGGUUGCCGCCAACCUGGGCCUCCCCUUUGUGUUCGCCUACUUUGGGGCGGACGGCCUUCACAAGAAACAUGUCCAGCUUGCAGAGCAGUCUGAAGAUGUGGUGUUUUAUUCUUGGACCUCGAACUGGGGAGACGAAUACCACAAAUCGGCCCGCAUUUCUCUACCGGACCCUCUGUCAACCACAGUUGCUGCUGAGUAUGACCGGAAUCCAAAUGGGACGAAUGCUGUCGACUACCCAGAGGUUUUGCUUAUGAAAGUGCUGGCAACAUCGUUGUUUCAGAAGGCUCCGGAAGCAUACUGGAUGAUGCGGCGGCUUUCUGUGGGUGACAGCGAGCUGCGCGAACUGCUCAGUUCUUCAAAACUCACCAGCCGUCAACAGAUCGAAGAGUCUGCUUGCGGUUUCGUACGACGACAUCUAGACCUUGUUCAACAGGUGGCUCCAAAUUGCAUGACGCAGAUAUUGGAGGGGAAUGCAGACAACGCAUUUGACAGGGCCACAGGGACCUGCACGAACGCUGCAGCUGGAAGCUUCCACUGCUUCGACACGGUCUACGACAAUCAGAAGGUCGAUCAGGUAGAUCACUCCAAGACGGUCAUUCGAUUCGGCCAGCGGGAUUGGCUCUCGCACGACUUGAUGCGUGAAAUUACCCAGAUCUUGAUUGCAGAAAAGCUGGGCUACACAGUGCGGUCAGAGGACAUUGCGCACGAGCCUUCGGCGGACUGGGCAGCGCUUCUCGAGCGCAAUGUGAUGGACGUGGAAAUGGAGAGCUGGCAGGUGGAUAUCUUCGACCCCCUGGUCCAAUUCUAUGUGAAUGGCAAUGGGAUCAUUCAACCUCCAGAACAAGUCGGCUGGAGUGGGCGCAUUGGUUUUUUUGUCAUGCCGGAGGUGGUGCAGGACAACCCCUUUGCAGACUUUUACAAGUUCUAUGAAGGAAGUGCCGCGUGGGAGGCAGGAUACCGUGUCUCCAACCACACGGAGCUUGUCAACAUCUUGGACGGAGUCAGCUUCUGCUCAGAUGAUUCUGACCGCUUUUGGUGUGAAGGACCAUAUGCAAACCAAUAUGUCCCGAAGCGUUGCCGGAUGGAUUCUCCUUGCGUAGAAGCAAUCCUGAACAACCCAUCCUGGUCGCAAGGCACUUUUGAGCAGCUGGUGGUCAACAACAACCUUAGUAUUGCUCUGUCCUAUUACGGCAGUCGCUACAUGGACUUGGUGGAGAAGCUUCGUGAGGACAAGACGCCCGCCAUCUUCUAUGGGUGGGUUCCAUGGGAGAAAGCGGCUCAGUUUGGACUGACAAACCACAUCGGCCGAAUUUCCUUCCCGGAUUACUACCGCGGUUGUGCCCUCGAUGUGGCUUGGACCCCAAGUGGAGCACGGCGCUGCGAUCUGGCAGCCACAACUGUGUACAAACUUCGGCGAAAGGACUUGGCAGAUCGAGCGCCGGAAGCAGCUUAUGUGAUUGACCACUUGCAGGUGACGCAGGAGCAGAUGGCCCUGCUCCUGUCGAUGCACCGUGAAGGAGGUGGCAACUUGACAACUCAAGAGACAGCGUGCUACUUUGCCAAAAACAUGGUGGAAGCUGUCGAGAGGGCCUUGCCUGAGUGCAUCACCAACCCACCGACGAAUCCGAAGAUUGGCGACCGUGUUUGGAACGCUGCAGUGCGCGAGUGCGUGCGCCUGGAGUGUGACAGGAAUGCGUCGCUCAUCUUCGACAGCAGCACCGGCUUUUCGCGCUGUCGCGUCUGCAGUGUGGAGAACGCGGGAACAGUGCCGGCCGAUGAUCAGAUGUCUUGCAAGCCCUGCCCCGCAGCAACGGCGCCAGAUGCACUGGGUGAAACCUGUUUGGACUGCCCGCCUGGCCGAUAUGCACAGGAAGCAGCAAGCCCCACCUGCCAGGCUUGCCCAGAAAUGCGCUACAACCCAUUGAAGCGGCAAUCGCGCUGCGCCCGCUGCCCGCGAGGAGCCAUAUGCUUCGGGCCUGACGGGUCCAACGGCACUGGCGCCACCUCCUUCUACGCGGCUGCAAGCUACCAUUUGAUCGUCAAUGGGGAUGCGGAUCUCGAAAUCCAGAAUGCCUUCGCCCUGAAAAUGUUGAACUGCUUCGACUGCUGGGACAAGGAGGAUCCUUUGGAUCUCAUUGGUCCAUUCAAGUGCCCUGUGAGUGCCGCGUGCCUUGAGAACAACACGUGCUUCCGCAGUGAGGAGGGCAUCCCAAUAAUGGACGGGCCCCUGUGCGGUAGCUGCCGACCUGGCUUUCAGCGGUCAACGCCAGACGAGCCUUGCAAUCGAUGCCCUCCAGACUGGUUGACUAUUCUGGUCAUCUGCGUGUGCAUGGUCGGUGGCAUUGGUGGCCUCUGCUUGCUCUCCUGGUCUCAGGAUGCAUCUUUGGGAAACUUGCGGGGCGUGUACUCCAUCGUCUUGAAGAUCCUGUGCAACUUCUUUGUGCAGCUCAAAGCCCUGGGCCAGGUAACAGAUCUGAACGGCGUGAUAAAGGCCCUCAGUGACGAGAGCUUCAGUCAAGCGAUUCUGACAUCACCAGUGGCAUUUUCACUGGGCAUCGGGGAUGUCCUGGAAAAUCCCUCCACUGCAAUCUUUUCGCUUGAGUGCUUGAUGAUGGCUGGUGGAACGAGUCCGCGGGACAGUCAGUACUUCAAAGUUCUCGGAGCCUUGUUGCUGAUUCCCAUCAUGCUUCUCACCACGUUGGUAUUGGCAGUGCUGUCCUGUUGGACUUGGCACAUGGUGCGACCUAAGCCGCUGCGCUGGAACCAUCAUUCCCUGACCUCUCGUAUUGUACUAUCCUUCUCCUCCCUCGCCGUUCUGGAGAUGUAUUUCCUGCAGCCCAUGGUGACAUCGCAACUUCUUUCGGUCUUCGACUGCUCGGCCACAGACGCAGGAGGCGCUAUGCUGGACUUUCGCCGCUGGUCCUAUGAUCUGAGCGUCAACUGCGAGUCCGAUUUUCACAUGCAGUGGCAGCUGGCCACUACCUUUGGUUUGCUCUUGUUUUCCUUCGGCAUCCCGUUCAUCCUCUACCUCAUUCCUAAACUGAUCUUGCGCUCGAAGCGGUACACGUUGCAGAGCCCGGAAAUGUGGAGUGUUUUCGGCUUUCUCUACGAUGGAUUCGAGCCGGACUUUUGGUACUACGAGUCCUGGAUGAUGUUGAGAAAGACCUACAUCCUCAUUGCUGCCAACCUCUUUUGGUUCAGUCCGGAGACAAGGACUGUUCUCCUGCUGACCUUGGUCAUCUACUUCCGCUACAUGCACCUGCGAGAUCUGCCCUUCGACAAUCGGGCAUACCAGGGAGUCGACCGCCUGCAGUUCGACUCUUUAGCAACGUUCACAUGGCUUCUUCUUGGACGCCUUUUCCGUACCAUGUUGCAGAUGACCGACAACACAAUCGAUGAUAGUUACUCGCCAUUUUUUUACAUCCCGGCAGCCUGCAAUUUCAUGAUAUUGCUAUGCAGAGCUGUAUACCUGGUGCUUCGGGAGAUGAUUUGGCCGCUGCAGUCGCCGCCCACCAUGCUUCCAAAUUGGCUGAGAUCAAGGCUGGACCAUCGGCUGACCUUUUCCUUCAUCCCUCCUGCAGGCUUAGACCUCGGGGAUGAGGACCGUGAGGAAUUCAAAGGCGUGGAGCAUGGCAGCCUGUCUGGUCUUGCUGGCAACGUUGCAGCGGACUGGGGCUUGUCCAGUGCCCACACGCUACCAGAUGAGGAGCGUGAGAUGCUGAAGACGAUCCUAACGGAAACCGUGGAGGUUCUGCUGAGGCGGCACGAGAUCGUCCACAAGGAGGCACCGCAGGUGAUCUACUUGCCGACCUUCCUUCUGCAAAUGGAACGAGUGCUUGUGGCAUCCAUGUGCUAUGCUGUCAAGUCGCGCAUCAUCAACGAAGAGCACGCGAUGAAUCGGGAUACGUGGGGCAAGUGGAUCUCUGGCGUCUGGAGCGAUACGAAGAGCUAUAUGAAAGAAGUGCUCAUGGGCGGGGACAGUUCCUCGCGCAACAUCUUCCGGUCACACAGCGAUCGGCCGUGGCACGACGAGGGCUGUGAACAUCUGGCCAAUGCCCAGCAUUUGGUCAAGCGGCCGGUGAGCACCGAGGAGAUCCAAAUCGCGCUGUACAGCUUGUGGCCGGAGCUGGUUGACCCGAAGAAGAACUGCAGGGACUCCGACAACAACCACUUGCGCGAGAUCAUUCAUGCGCACAAGGGUAUCAUCGAUAUGCAUGGCUCGGUUUCCCACAUCUUCGACUCGGACAUGCAUGCGGCUUCCAUUGUGAGGAGGCGGACAAGGUCCGUUCGAAUGGAGGGGGAUAUCGACAUCAACGGAGUCCUGGCAGAGGAGGCGCGGCUCUGCGAGGCGAUGGCUCAGGAGGAGCUUACAAAGGAGCUCCUGCUGUUGGAUGAAAUGCCCUUGCCCGCUGACGUUCGUGUCGAAACUGGCAUGGACAAGAUCCUGAAGGCAUCAGGAAGGAGCUCGAGCUCCAUCUUCAGGCACUCCAAGCUUACCCUGUGA